GCGGCGGGGGGCUCCUUCCAGCGGCGGGCGCUGUGGGUGCUGGCCUUCUGUACAUCCCUCGGCUUGCUGCUGUCCUGGUCCUCGAACCGCUUGCUCUACUGGCUCAGCUUCCCGUCGCACACGCGGGUGCACCGCGAGUGGAGCCGCCAGUUACCCUUCCCCGCCGUCACCGUGUGCAACAACAACCCGCUGCGCUUCCCGCGCCUCUCCAAGGGGGACCUCUACUAUGCCGGCCACUGGCUCGGGCUGCUGCUGCCCAACCGCACCGCGCGCCCGCUCGUCAGCGAGCUGCUGCGCGGCGACGAGCCGCGCCGCCAGUGGUUCCGCAAGCUGGCUGACUUCCGCCUCUUCCUGCCGCCGCGCCACUUCGAGGGCAUCAGCGCCGCCUUCAUGGACCGCCUGGGCCACCAGCUCGAGGACAUGCUGCUCUCCUGCAAGUACCGCGGCGAGCUCUGCGGCCCACACAACUUCUCCUCCGUGUUUACAAAAUAUGGGAAGUGUUACAUGUUUAACUCAGGCGAGGAUGGCAAACCUCUGCUCACCACGGUCAAGGGGGGGACAGGCAACGGGCUGGAGAUCAUGCUGGACAUUCAGCAGGAUGAGUACCUGCCCAUCUGGGGAGAGACAGAGGAAACGACAUUUGAAGCAGGAGUGAAAGUUCAGAUCCACAGUCAGUCUGAGCCACCUUUCAUCCAAGAGCUGGGCUUUGGGGUGGCUCCAGGGUUCCAGACCUUUGUGGCCACACAGGAGCAGAGGCUUACAUACCUGCCCCCACCGUGGGGUGAGUGCCGAUCCUCAGAGAUGGGCCUCGACUUUUUUCCUGUUUACAGUAUCACCGCCUGUAGGAUUGACUGUGAGACCCGCUACAUCGUGGAAAAUUGCAACUGCCGCAUGGUUCACAUGCCAGGGGAUGCCCCUUUCUGUACCCCUGAGCAGCACAAGGAGUGUGCAGAGCCUGCCCUAGGUCUGCUGGCGGAAAAGGACAGCAAUUACUGUCUCUGCAGGACACCCUGCAACCUGACCCGCUACAACAAAGAGCUCUCCAUGGUGAAGAUCCCCAGCAAGACAUCAGCCAAGUACCUUGAGAAGAAAUUUAACAAAUCAGAAAAAUAUAUCUCAGAGAACAUCCUCGUUCUGGAUAUAUUUUUUGAAGCUCUCAAUUAUGAGACAAUUGAACAGAAGAAGGCGUAUGAAGUUGCUGCCUUACUUGGUGAUAUUGGUGGUCAGAUGGGAUUGUUCAUUGGUGCUAGUAUCCUUACAAUACUAGAGCUCUUUGAUUAUAUUUAUGAGCUGAUCAAAGAGAAGCUAUUAGACCUGCUUGGCAAAGAGGAGGACGACGGGAGCCACGAUGAGAAUGUGAGUACUUGUGACACAAUGCCAAACCACUCUGAAACCAUCAGCCACACUGUGAACGUGCCCCUGCAGACGGCCCUGGGGACCUUGGAGGAGAUUGCCUGCUGACACCCCUCGAGCCACCCAGCACCCCCUCCAAACAGACCUUGAGGCCCAAGACCAGGACAAGGAAGAGCAAGCUCAGGUGGAAUGGCCCCUGAUGCUGGAAAGAAGCAAGAGCCCCCUAUGCACACAUUGCAGACUAGCUGCCUAGACCUCGCUCCGGCCACGUCCAGCGCGACGCGUCCUUGGGCCCCGCCGUGCGUCCCUCUUAGGAGAGAUGAGUCACACUCUGGAACUGUCCAGGAACGAACCUGCCAUCACAUCUCACUGCCAGAUGUAUAAAGCACCUGCAUGCUCAGACUUCUUAUGGCGCCACCUCCACGUCUGUCUUGUACAUGACAUUCCUCCACGUGGUUUCCAGUGUCCACACCGCUGCCCGUGCAGUGGGACCAGAUUCCAGGUCCAAAGUCACCAUGAGGCCACCCUGGAAUCAGAACUGCACAAUCAAGAGGGAACCCGUGGGACUCUCUGCUACAUUCAGUUCUUGUGUCGUUUGUGAAGGUUCUUAACCUCCCCACAAACCCCCUUUUCCCCAAGCUGGUCCAUGGGGCUUUGGCGCCUAAGGUGACCUGUGCCAACCUCCCUCCCGCCCCAGAGCCUGUGACGGCGGCACAGCAGCCAGCAGGCGGGGGGCUCAUGUGUUCACCCAUGGUGGCCAUGUCGUUCUUCUCUCCCUGUGACACAGCUUGUACAGUCUGAUUCUUUUUAUCUGGGAUAGGGGGACUUUUAUGUUUGUCCGAUGGAGAUUUGUUUUGUUUUGCUUUUUUUUUUUUAGUUUUGAUGUUCUGAGGUUUGGUUUGGUUUCUCCAUUUUCUUUGGCGUUUAUUUAUUUGUGCUUCAAAUCACAGUCAUAUUAAAAGCUGGUCUUGUGGAAA